AUGCCGAGUUACAAUCGACAACUCUGUCCAUUGAUAACAACGACGAACAAUACGGCUACAACUAUCGUACCAACUACAACUACAACUGAUGCUCCACAAAUAGCAGUCAUACCCAAUAUUCCUGCUAAUGCUCGUUGGGUACAGAAUGGAGUGACUGUUGCUGGAGGUAAUGGGCAAGGCAGUGCCACCAAUCAACUCGACCGUGCUUACGGUCUUUGCGUUGAUGACGAUUAA